AUGUCUGCGCCAGAGUACGAUUACCUCUUCAAGCUCCUCCUGAUCGGUGAUUCAGGUGUAGGAAAAUCCUGUUUACUUCUUCGAUUUGCCGAUGACACUUAUACCGAAUCUUACAUUUCUACUAUCGGAGUUGACUUCAAGAUCAGAACCAUCGAGCUUGAAGGAAAGACUGUGAAAUUGCAAAUCUGGGAUACUGCUGGGCAAGAACGAUUUAGAACAAUUACAUCGUCAUACUACCGAGGAGCUCAUGGUAUCAUAGUAGUUUACGAUGUGACUGACAGCGACACAUACGCUAACGUCAAACAAUGGUUACAAGAAAUCGAUCGAUAUGCUGUUGAAGGUGUCAACAAGCUCCUCGUAGGAAACAAAUCUGAUUUGGCCACCAAGAAAGUUGUCGAGUACGCCGCUGCCAAAGCAUUCGCCGAUGAAUUAGGUAUUCCAUUCCUUGAGACUUCCGCCAAGAACGCCACCAACGUUGAACAAGCUUUCUUGACUAUGUCUAAGCAAAUCAAGGAUAGAAUGGGAUCAACUUCUAUGGCUUCUGGUCCAGGUGCUAAAUCAACGAUCAAAGGUCUCGGUCAAAAUGUUGAACAAAAGACUGCUGGUGGAUGUUGUUAG